UCGCUCGCUCGCUCGCUCUCAAAAAAUAAAAAUAAAAACAGAAUUGGUAUGCAGGUUAGUGUGUUGUAAAGCUUACAGUCGCUCCAAUCUGGCAACCCUGAGCAUUUUUAUUUUUUGUACGAACACUUGGUAAAAUCCGAGGAGUCACUGAGGAGCAUUUCAUCUUUCUUCUCAGCAUCUUUUCUCCUCUUCCUCCUCCUCCAUCAUCACCAUCAUCAUCAUCUCUGAGAUCCGAGGUGAGUUGUGUGAUGUGUGAGGUUUCUCGGGUUUAAUUGUGUUUAGGAAUGAUCUCGGCUCUGUCAUUGACUGUCCUCAGCUUCAGCACUGCGGCUUUCACUGAGACACUUUAUUUUAACCUGCUUCCUCUCUGGACUGAGCUUCUCACCCAAUAAACACUGAUGAGUUUUACACCGCUGUGAUAUUUACACCUUCUCUAAAAAUAAUUUAUGACGUAUCUGGUGUAAGUUAUAAAUCAAGUCGGUCUUGCCUGCACAGUAAAACAAGUUCUGACUUUAUGCAGAAAAGGAAAAAAACUUUGUCUUUUAUUACAGAUUUGAUCAUAUUAUUUAUUUUGCACAUAUGUUUCUAUUUAUUCUCAGUUAUAUAAAUAUCCGACGCAGCCUAAUUAACUGAUGGUAAUAAUAAUUAAUGCACUGCAAUUAAAUGUCCGAUUAAAGGUUGCACGAGCUGAUGUGUUGAGUUUAUGGGCCAAUCACGUACUCCGAUGCGCACAGUGUUGCCAGAUUAGAAUUAAAUCACCUUACAUCCAGGCCGUACUUAUCACUAUGAGCUGUGUUUAAUUCACAUCAGAUGUAAUUUAGUAACAGUGUGCAGUCUCAAGGUUGCCAUAUUGGAUCAGAUUAGAUUAUACCUAGACAAAUGUUUUAAACGGCACUCAUUGCAUUAUAAAGCCUGUAACUUUCCUAAAUUCCCAAAUAAAAGAGAAAUAACCCAGGUGACCAAUUAUUUUUGUGGUCACUUUGCAUCCUAUUCAGUCAUACAUUGCCAGAAUGUCAACAUGAAUAUGGGUCAAUAUAAAUUAUGACUAAUUAUACCACAGUGUUGGAUUCUGAUUGGUCGGAAGGUGUCGAUCAAUUUUCUAUAACAGCAGCUCCAGUAGUUCCAGCUGUACUUCAAAUCAUAGGUUUAUUUAUAUUUAAUGCACUCAUUCUAAUAGGUUAUUGUUUCUACAGUAACAGCUUAUUCACAGGAACGUGUACGUCGGGCACUCCGCUGAUAAACAAAUUGCUUGUGUAAUCAAUAGGUUGAAGCAUUCUGUAAGGAGAAAUAUGUUUCUUUAACAUUCAUGGAAGGAGUCUCCAGUGUCAGCGCUUUGUAACAGUCGGAGGUAAAGCUGUAACUUGAAGUUUUCAGACAUUGUCAUGGAAGAGGAGUUUAUGCUUCUUUUUGUGGUUUCUUGGUCAUAUGACAAGCUGAGAAUUUUUGUCUUAUUAACUUUGAGAGAGCGAAUGAAGAGAGGGCUGGUGAAGGACGACUGUUUAUAGCUGCUGUAACGAAAGUGAGAACACUCGUAACACUAACUUUCUGUAGCACUCAUAUAACUAUAAAUUUAUACAUAGUAUGACAUGUUCUUUAAUAACUUUUACAUUUGUAAAAGUUGGAAAAUUGCUGAGGUAUAAGAGCAAAAAAUCAUUUGGGGAUGUGCUGUUAUAGGAAAAUAGUAACUCAGUUUCAUCACACCACUCUGUCUCUCAGUGUUUUACCAUAACGCACAAACACACUGUUUUAUUCCUAAAAUACAUUUUUAAAGAUACACAGGCACCUAAUUUUGUCACACAUUUUCCACAACCUGGCAACCCUGUCUGAUUUUAUAAUGAAUUGCGCAGGAUUUUAACUGCAAUUAGAAGGGGAACUAUAUUUAAAUCUGGCAACCCGCCACAACUGUCGCAGGUCCGAAUAUAAUACAAAUAUUAUGUUUAUGUGAGUUUUAUGUCUAAUUAACUCAUACCUGAGGCUUCAUUAUGGAGUAACACACACAACCUGUCCGUGUAGAAGUAUAUACGUGCAAUUAUUAUAAAAUCAUUAUUUUAUCUAUUUAUUUAUUUAUUUAUUUAAAUGGGAACAACUUAAAUAUGGCGGUUUUUUAGCCACAAUCCACCGGUAUACUUUUACCAUUUUUUCCUUAUUACCAUUAGCUUUUUUUUUUAAAUCACUUUAUCGAUCUACAAGCUUUUAUGUAAUAUGUUAUAGUUUCCUUCUAAUUAUUAAAAUAAUGUAUCAAUCAAGAUGAUUUCACCGACAGAUUAAAACUCGGUUCUUUGAGUCAACUCUUCUGGUGAACUCGCAUAUGUAGUGCAAAAAAAGUCAUGAGGUUGAAUUAAUUAUAAGGUAAAGUAACAUUUCAUUAAAUAACACUAGGUAUAGUGAGACAAAGAUGGAUAAUCACUGAUCAAAUAUUGUGAACUUUGUCAGGUCUAGAAAAAAAUGGCAGUGAGCCGUUUGGGAGUGGAAAGAUUCAGAUCUUUAUAGUGAGCUGAGCCAAAUGAUCUGACUCACUGAAAAGAAUCUGUAUUCUUAUCAUCAGAACACCCUCCACCUCCAUCAGAUUAAUUACUGUUUGGCUGUUAUAAUCCCGAGUAUUUUCAUGUUUCACUUUGUGCAUUUUGUGAAAUUUCCUGUUCUUUAUUUUUUUAGCGAGUCGGAUCACUCGGCUCAAUUCACCAAUACGAGACGACUCUUUUGACUCCCAAACGACUCAUUGCUUAAAUUGACACAGUUGUUGACUUUCUGGUCAAUGAAACCUUACUCUUACUCUAUGAUACUUUGCAUUAUGUUUGUUAUUAAGUCUGUGUAAAUAAAGGAAAAAGCAGUUUUCAAAUACAGUAAGCAUUUGUGAAUAUUUGUUUUUAGUUUUAUUAAGGAAGAAUAUGAAGAAGAUUUCUGUACUUUUACCCAUUUAUUCAUAUAUUCACAUCUCUAAUAAACCAACUAUGGUCACAGUUGCAUUAUUAAAUAAACAAUGACAACAACAAUACUAACAGUUUUUCAGAAAUGACUUGAAAUGAUUCCUUAAAGAGUCGUCUCAAAGAGGGAUACUAGGGAUGCUAAGGAUUGGUGGAAAUCCUCCUGAAUUACUAGGUGCGUGUGUCUGUGUGUGGGGGAGGAGCAUCUGGCUCUCAUCAUCAUCAUCACGCUCUCUCUCUCUUUCUCUCUCUCUCUCUCUCUGUGUUUGUGUGUGUGUGUGUGUGUGUGAGAGAGAGAGAGAGAGAGAGAGAGAGUGAGAGAGUGUGUGGGGGGUUUUUUCUGUUCUUCCAGCACUCCUCAUGUUUCUGUGAGCAAGAGCGAUGGGACUCGGAUCGUCCAGCAGAUCCGCUGAUAGCCAACACAAUGAAGACGUCAACUUUGACCACUUCCAGAUACUGAGAGCUAUUGGAAAGGGCAGCUUUGGAAAGGUGUGUAUCGUGCAGAAAAAGGACACUAAGAAGAUGUACGCCAUGAAGUACAUGAACAAGCUCAAGUGUGUGGAGCGAAACGAAGUGCGAAACGUCUUCAAAGAGCUUCAGAUCAUGCAGAACCUGGAGCAUCCAUUCCUCGUGAACUUCUGGUACUCUUUUCAGGAUGAGGAGGACAUGUUCAUGGUGGUUGAUCUUCUGUUAGGAGGAGACCUGCGCUAUCAUCUUCAACAGAAUGUACAUUUUUCCGAGAGCACUGUGAAACUUUACAUCUGCGAACUCGCCUUGGCACUGAACUACCUGCGCAACAAACACAUCAUACACAGAGACAUCAAGCCUGAUAACAUCUUACUGGAUGAACACGGUCACACUCAUCUGACCGACUUCAACAUCGCUGCUAUCGUCAAAGACGAUUUAAAAGCCACGUCCAUCGCUGGAACAAAGCCAUACAUGGCUCCAGAGCUUUUCCAGACGUUUGAGGGAACACAUCCAGGUUACUCAUUUGCAGUGGACUGGUGGUCUCUGGGUAUAACAGCCUACGAGCUGCUACGUGGACAGAGGCCGUAUAUAAUGCGCGCCAGCACGCCCACCGCAGAGAUCCUGCAGUCCUUCCAUAAAGUCCAUCCCUGCUUCCCGGCCGCUUGGUCAGUAGAGAUGAAGUCUCUGUUGAGGAAGCUGCUGUGUGUCGAUGCACAGAAGCGCCUCUCGUCUCUCUCUGAGCUGAAGGACACGGAGUGUUUCUCCGACGUAAACUGGGACGCUGUGCUUAAUAAACACGUCCCACCAGGCUUCAUGCCUAAUAGACGGAGACUAAACUGUGACCCUACGUUUGAGCUGGAAGAGAUGAUCCUGGAAUCGAAGCCACUGCACAAGAAGAAGAAGAGAUUAGCGAGGAAGACGAGGGAUCAGGGCUCUGACGGAUCUCCACAGAACGGUCAGCUCCAGCAGCGCCUCGACUGCGUACAACGAGACUUCCUCGUCUUCAACAGAGAGAAGUUGAGGAAGGCCAACGUAGACACGGACUCGAGCAACAUGAACCUGAAAGAGGAGAGCCGAGCCCUCGAGGACGGACAGAACAACAACGUCACCAGUGCAGCGAGUUUAUCGAGUUAGAGCUUUAAAUUGUUAAAUUAAAAAAAAAACCUUCAAAGGGAAGGAAGCUCAUCAACUCAAUCAGCUCAGGCUUAGUGAGAGAGAGAGAGCACCAGGAGCAGCCAGUGGACAAUGUUUUUACGAACAGAUAAACUGAGUCAGUUUCUCCUUUAACUGAGGAAUCGAGGAGCUUAAGAUCAUCUCUGAGACGCAGGGAGGUGUAAAGAACGCAGCUCAGAAAGCAAUCGCUCCUGCUUAGUAUUUUCUCUUCUGUUUAUUUUCAUUCCUUUGAAAACAAAGCACUCUCGUGAAUGUAGAUGAGGAAGAGUUGUUGCUGAUGUAACGUGUGUGUAAAGUUCUGAUUGGUUAAGAGUAGCAUGAGGGGCGGAGUUAGACGUAACUUAAUUCAAACACAUAUCGAACACAGAAACAUAUGCUCUCACUUGGAUGUAGAUUUUACAAAAGGUCUGGGGAAAAAAGAAAAACCACAUCGAGACCCAGCUGAGAAGUUUGUGUCUUUUUAUCUCCUGUAAACUCCCAACUUUGCUUUUGUUUGAGCUUUAUGUGAGUUUCUAUUCUGAUGAGUGGCCUUACACUUCACGCUUUAUGCAAGUUGGGUCUGAAAGUCUGCGAGCACCAGCAACUGCUUUCAUUUCAUCAGUUAUCAAACACUAAUAUAGCUUUAAAUCAACUCAGCAGCAUGAAUUUAACAUCUGUCUUCCAGUAGCGUGCGUUCUGAUAGUGUAUUAAGCGAGGCAAGAUCGGGUGUUAGUUGUUAUUCGGGUGUUAAAGCACGAUACUGGACGUUGUGCGAUACUGUCUGAAAGAAAUAAACGGCCUCAGAAACAUAAAGGAAGCAGGAGAGUUAUUGUGACAUUCAGCACCACACAUCAGGCUGGAUUUAUUCCACCGGAUACUAAAUCAUUCACAAGAGAAUUUAUAAAAGAUAAUAUCCAAAUAUUCCUAAAAAUCCAGUUCUGUGGGAAAUACAUUCGUAUCCUACAUUUUGCUGCUCGAUUGAUGUGAUCUUCGAUUAAUUAGUUUCAAAUCACAUCUAAUAAUGAAAUUAUACAAAGACUUGCCAUUUUAUUAGGUGCAAAAAACAGCAUCUUAAUACUUGUUAAUAAAUCUUGAAUAUAAUCAAACGUAUAUAAAAUUUUUCUAUUAUCAGGUUACAAUAAACCACAUUAACAUUACUAAGCCUGUUUCUAGAUACUUCUACUCCUUUGAAGCUUGAAUUUGUUUUAUUUUUUUAUCGGCAGAUCAUUUUGCUUGUAUUAAGUGUUCAUUUCAACAACAAAGCAAAUGAUCUGCCAACAGAAUUGGACGAUUUUAAGCUUGAAAUGAGUAAAAAAAUGUUUGGAAGUAGGCUCGCUAUAUAAUAAUUAUCUCAUAAUGAGAAAUAUUCGAGAAUUUUUUUGCAGUGAGUUAGUUAGUGCAUGUGUCUUUGGUAGAGGACGAGCUGCAGUGGCUGAGCUGUGCCACUGGAAUAUUUUACGCAUACCGUGCUUAGGAGGCACUCUUUCACCAUUCAGAUGCCAUUUUGUAAUGUUCAGCUCUUUUAUGGAGUUUUGUGGGUUAAAUCAGCUGUGACGUGAAUGCACUUGGUCCAUUAUGUCUGAUUGGAAUUAAUCAGCAUUUCUGGUUCGUUUUGGAAAACACCUUUACACGUAAUUUACUAAAGGGUUGUUACAUGAGGUCCGAUGUUAUCGUGGACACUUCAGAUAAUCUAGGUUGUAAAGAUAUCUGUAUUUCAUCGUUCCAUCCAGAAGAGACCAGAAGUGUGUGUAUGUGCAACUGUGAAAUGUUGUUGGUUUAGUGUUUGAUUUCUGAUGAAAAAUAAAGAUCUUGUUGAUGCGCGCAGACUUUUAGCCCUGACUGUGUAUUUGCCUUAGCUCAAUUCCAAAUUCACUUUAGAGAAGAGCUUUAGCUUUAUGGAUCCUUUGCUUAUAGGUGACGCUUUGCUAACCGCCGUCCUGCGUUCUAGUGCUGGUUUUCACACGCCUUCUUUCACUUCUUUGACACGAUAACACACGAGUGCACACUCAUGCAAGGAGUUAGGUAAGUUAUGUGCGAGCAGGAACAACUUUGGCAGUGAGGACAAUGCAGCUGAAGAGAUGUACACACUCUAUAGGUUUAGUAUUAGUAACUGCGCUUACUAUCGCGAAAGAGGAAGUGGAUGAGGGUGUGUUAGACGGUGUGUUGGACCACAGCUCAUAGUGUAAGAGAAGCGGCUUUGGAUAUGAAAUGCUAACUGCACUCGUAUCUUUUCAUUUCAGGAAGCACAAAAAAGGGAAAAUUCACCGGCGCUUUGUUUUAAUUUAUUAAAAGUCGUUCACUGUUUCUUUACUGUGAUGUAUUUGUGUUUGUUGGGUAUUUAAACUGAGCGAGAAAAUGUGUGUUUACACGAGAUAAAAUGUCGACUAUGGAUGAAAAUGUGAGAGUUUUGCCAUAGAACAUUUUUAUCUUUUUAAUAAACUUUUUUGACAACUCA